AUGGGGAUUCUCUUAAAAAAGGCCCAUUUCUUUAUCAAAGAAUCUCAGGUUAAGAAAAACCCAAAAGGAGAUUUCACUAAAAUGUGUCGACAGUUUAGCAAAGGAUCAUGGACAUUCACGGAUCAAGAUCAUGGGUGGCCUGUCUCAGAUUGCACAGGAGAAGCAUUGAAAUGCCUACUUUUACUAUCCCAAAUGCCCGAAGAAAUUUCUGGAGAAAAUGUAGAUAACCAGCGACUGUAUGAUGCUGUUAACUUCCUCCUUUAUGUACAAAGUCCUACAACAGGAGGUUUUGCUGUUUGGGAAAAACCAAUCCCACAUCCAUAUUUACAGACGUUGAAUCCUUCAGAAAUGUUCGCUGACAUUGUUGUUGAAAGAGAGCAUGUUGAGUGCACAACUUCAGUGAUGCAAGCUCUCAUAGCGUUUAAACAAUUCCACCCCAGACAUAGGGAAAAAGAAAUAGAAAAAGCCGUGGCAAAUGCAGUGCGUUAUCUAGAGGACAUACAAUGGGAAGAUGGUUCAUGGUAUGGCUAUUGGGGGAUAUGUUUCAUAUAUGGCACAUUCUUUUCGUUAGGAGGCUUAGAUUCAGCUGGAAAAACAUAUAAUGAUUGUGAAGCAAUUCGCAAAGGAGCGAAGUUUUUACUUUCGAUACAAAAUGAAGAAGGUGGCUGGGGAGAAAGCUACAAAUCUUGCCCUAGCGAAGUCUACACACCGCUAGAUGGAAAUAGAACUAAUAUAGUUCAAACAGCAUGGGCUAUGCUAGGUCUCAUGUCAUCUGGACAGGCUGAAAGAGAUCCAACACCAUUACACAAAGCAGCAAAGAUCUUGAUCAAUGCACAGAUGGAUGAUGGAGAUUUUCCGCAACAGGAGAUGACUGGAACUGCAAUGAGGAACUGCAUUCUACAUUAUCCGUUAUAUAGGAAUAUAUUCCCGUUAUUGGCACUUUCAAAAUAUCGCAAUAUAUUUUGGGCUACAUAAAGCUAUAAAUUGGAGCUCCUUAUUCCAACAAUAAGACUAGAAAAUGCAUAUGCACAUUACAAGCGUAUUAGUGUCAUGUAGCUUAAGUUGUGGGGUAUUUUAUAUGCUAUAAAAAUAAGUUGUCCUAUAUCCUGGGGUCUGAUAUAUAUGCUGUGAAAAUAAGUUGGACAUGUACUCCAAAACUUUUGAAGUGAUGGUUGCAUCAUUUUUCGUAUUAUACUUUAAUCAAAUAAACUAUAUACAUGAUUAAUAUGUUCGACAAAGAAGUUAACACAAUUUUUGACAUAAAAGUAAAACUAAUAGUUGCUAUUAAUGAUCAAAGUUAUAUAUGUACUUUGAUUAAAAUUUGGCCUAGUGAUAGGUGGGACUAUAAGGGCACAAGAAACAGUUACAAAGGGGGUAAUGCGGUGCUCAGACACAUUAACCAAAACAUCCGGUCAAAUUUACGAGGGUAACUCACUUUUGGUUUUUGGUAGUACUAAAAAGAAAAAUUUUUAAAAAAAAUUAAAAUUAAAACUAAAAUAAACUCAACAAUUUAACACCACAAUCUGACUAGCUAUAUGUGAUUGUGAAUUUGUGAUGUGCUACUUCAAAGUUCUUUCAUAUUUUGAAGGAUUGAAUAUCUAUAGUAUAUUGUCAAUAUUCAACUAAUUUGGGACAAAUUGCAACCACUAUUCAUCUCAAGUGUGUGAUGAAUUCUAUUAUCAUUCCCAAGUUCCAAUUGUUAGACGUAUGCAUCCAAAUGCUAAAAAAAAUGUAGAUGAUAAUUUCUUUUACCAUAACCAAAUGAGGAUUUUUAGUCGCUGAUGGUGUGUGCGUGUGAAACAUGAGUAUGAAAUUGAAUAGCGAUGGGAAGGGAAUAAAACCUACCGUAGCACGAUGUAAUCAAGGAGAUCAUCGGUGCAAAAUCCUCCGAUACUGAAGUCAAUCAGUUCCCCACAGCUGAGAUCGACUGCCUGCUUAGUCAGCAUCUCGAUCUCGAGUUUGUAAUUCGUAUCACUACCAUCCCGCCAUUUGUUGAUAUCGACAACCUUCCACAUCGCCGGAUCCUUGCAAAUUCUUCGCCAAGUUCUGCAUACUUUUCCUGCGCUCCUGAUUUUUUCCACGCUAUUCAAUCUUUGAAGUAUAUUUUCCAUCAGUUCGUCAGGCAUUAACAACCAAUUUGGAGAUUUCUUCGCCAUUUUAUCUUAAGAAAUACGAAGAUAAAAUACGAAUUGUUUUUAUCUUGCCAACUAAUCGAGAAUCCCCCUUUCAAUCGGAAAAGGGUCGAGUACAAAAAAUUUCCCCGACUACAAGUACGAUCAACAAUUUGCAUAGUCAG